AUGUCCAAAGGCACAUCCUCCGAGCAGCUGGUCGGCGAGAGGAGUUCCAUUGAUAUCCGGCACACCGCCAUCGAGGGCGAGGCGGCGGCCCUGCUGUACCCCGCAGAUGACGACAGACAGCCGCUGCGUUGUGCACUGACCAUCUCCAACUAUCGGGUUGUGGUUCGCCCCGAGGGGGGCGGUCGUGUUGCGGAGGCGCUGGGUUUCUCGCUGCCGCUCCUGUCGAUUGCGUCGUGGAACGUGCAGCGCAAACCAAUGAGUGGGAAGCCGCGUGCCGUGUUUCAGUGGGGGCGGGGGCAGACAGCUGUCGACCACGACGCGGCAACGCACUCGCCAGAGGAGAUGGCGCCCCCGCCACUCGUCCAAAGCAACUUCCCGUCAGCCGGGUACACGCUGAGGAUCGUCUCUAAGCACCUUUGGGAGGUGGAGGUUCAGCUGCAGGGAGAGCGUGUGGCGACCACCGUGCGGGAUCUGUGGCGGUACUUCCAGGCCCCGCAGCUGAAGUGCAUGCCGGCCUUUCUGCUCUACAGGGAGCUCUACGCCGCACGACGCGAAGACGUCACCGUGGAUGAUGUUGAUGACACUGAAGAAACACACCGGCCGGCAGCGGCAGCGGCAGCGGCGGGGGGUGAUAGUCCGCGCAGCAUCGACGGGGGCCACGAGGGCGGCGGCGUCGAGGCGGAGAGCGCUGCAAAUCUCCUGGACACCGUCGAGUUUGGCUGGAAUUUGUAUGACGCGGACCGAGAGCUGGAGCGGCAGCUCUCGCUUUCCCCCGGCACGGCGGUGCCAAGCGCCAGCGAUGAGACCCGCGUCGGCCCCAAGCGCGACCUGCGGCCGUGGUUUCGCUUGACGUGCGUCAAGCAGCCGAGCAACGGCUACGGCAAGUCGCCGACGUACCCGUUUCGUGUGGUGGUCCCCAACGCCGCAAGUGACGAGUUGUUGGAGGCUGCCAUGACCACCCGCUCCCGCGCGCGAUUCCCCGCCGUGUCGUUUGUGCACCUCGGGAGCGGCGCCGUGCUCGCGCGCGCCUCGCAGCCUUUGUCGAGGUCCCCGGCGCUGCGCCAGGACGGCGAGCUCUGUCGCAUGUUUACAAACAGCGGAUACCACGCCCACAGCGCCGAACCCCGCGGUGAGGCCCCUGUGGCGAUGUCGCUUGCGCCGCUCAGCAGCAGGCCGGUGCCGCCGCCCUCGCUCUUCGAGGCCUCGUUGGAUGAGCCCGCGAGGCGGCGCCUGUCAUCUGCCGCGCCGCAGGAGACAACUGCAGCGGCCCCGCGAUCUCAGCGAACCCUCUUCGUCGUUGACUGCCGACCGUCCAACGCGGCCCAUGCGAACCUUGCCAUGGGCGGGGGUUACGAGAGCGGCGCCACUCAUGACUUCUGCGAGGUGAAGUUUCACGGCAUCGAAAACAUUCACAGCAUCUCCAAGUCCUUCGCAAAGUUGAAGACCCUCAUUCAUAGAUUCAAUGGAAAGGAGGCGAGGGAGGAUUUUCUCCAGCAGCUUGACGGGACGCGGUGGCUGAGCCACGUCCAACGGGUCUUGCUGUGCUCCAACAAGAUUGCCGAGUCCCUCGAUCUCGGCGACUCCUGCCUCGUGCACUGCACCGAUGGGUGGGAUCGCACCCCGCAGUGCACCGCUACCGCCAUGUUGCUGCUAGACCCUUUUUAUCGCACCAUCAUUGGGUUUUGUGUGCUGGUGGAGAAGGAGUUUUGCUCGUUUGGCCACAAGUUUGCGGAGCGGUGCGGUCAUCAGGUGCCAGGGGAGACUACCUACACCUCCGACGCCGGGGUUGCCGGGUCCGACACGGAGGCGCAGCAAUCGGCCGCAAAGCUGCAGCCGUCGCCCAUCUUUGUGCAGUGGAUGGACGUGGUGUUUCAGGUGGUGCGCCAGUUUCCGCGGGAGUUCGAGUUCACCCCACGGCUGCUGGAGUACCUCAGCGAGGAGGUCUACGCCUGCCUCUACGGGACGUUCCUCUGCAACGGGGAGAAGGAGCGCAUGUUUGAGGGGGUGCGUCUGGGGACGGCGUCCAUAUGGACCCACGUGGUGCGCGCGGCGGCGAGGGAGCGCGCGGGGAACGCGCCGCUCUACUUCGUCAACGACGCCUACGACUCCGCAACGGCCUGGCAGUACAUCUCAAAGAAACGCGGAAGUGGUAUUCAGCGAAUCGCACCCAACUGUAGCAGCAAACGCAUUGUCUUUUGGGAGUCCUUUUACCUGCGGCACGAUGGGGACAACUGUUCCAUAGACCUUUGCGGUGGACCGCAGCGGGUGACGAAGAGAGUGGCGUUUCACAAAGACUGGGAGGGCUAUUUUACUGGUCUUGUGCGGGACUCAUGUGUGGCACGCAGAAAGGAGGUGGCAGAGAUGCGGCGACAGUUGCAAAACCUUUCUGUUGGGCGUCCGACGUUGACCGCUGCGAGCUCCGUGCCGGGGAAGGCGAACUCCAGGACGUGCCGUCAGUGCGGCAAGGCGCUCGGCUUCUUCUCCGCGCGGGAGCAGUGCAGCAGAUGCGGAUCCACCCUGUGCAGCGGCUGCGCGAUCUCCGCCGGCGGCGACCUCAAGUUGUGCCUCGAUUGUUACAAGCUGUGUGAGUGGAAUAGUCAGUAG